AUGGCACAGGAAAUAUUUAAUGGUCUAAAUAAUAAUCAAAAAACAAGAACAAGACAUAUAAUCUUUCAGAAAGGUCAAUCUACCCCUUUUUCCUUUUCGAAUGAUGUACUCAAUAUUUUUUCUAAUUCUGGAAAACCAAAAGGUGAAUUAGACUUGGAACUUUUUCCCAAUCUCAGAAAAAUUACUUUUCAAAAUAAUGUUAUAUUGGAACAUUUAGAAAGUAUUGACCUUAGUAAAAAUGAAAAAUUAAGCAAAUUAGUGAUAGAGGGGAAUAGAGAUUAUCAACGGAAUCUUUUUUUUCAUAAUAAUAAUUUUAUUUUGAUAAUUAAAGAAAUGCAAAGUAAUAGGAUAAUCGCAUGCUAUAACGAAUACGGCACUUCAAGGGAAGUAUUGAUUGAAAAGUAUAAAUAUUUGAGGGAACAGGCCAUAAUACCAUAUUUAUUAGUCGAAGACAGAAAGCUGGAGCAAUUAGGAGCCGAAAUCAUAGAACUAAGACAAUCUCUCAGAAAUAAAGAUCAAAUCAUAGACGAAUUAAACAAAAAAGUUCAACAAACUCCUACACUCAAUCAAUUUCGGGAACUAAAUAAUAUAGCUUUGGGAGCAAAAAAUACCUUUGAACAAUUAACGGCUACAACCAAAAAUAAGGCAGGUGAUAGUUUAAAAUCUAUUUUAGAUCUCUUCUUACAGACCAAUAAGCAAAUUAUCGAAUCUGAAGAUGAGGGUAAUAAUAAUGAUUCCUUCGUUCAAGGGCAGCUACAGGGACAAUUGACCACUUGUCGAACUCUCUUGCAAACCAAAUUUACCCAAGAGGAACUAAAAAGUCUGCUAAAUAAACAAAAAGAGCUUAGAAAGUUAGAAAAACAUUCGUUUAUUUUGCAGCAGUAA